AUUAAAUUCCUGGUGUUUCUCACUAAUUUGACUGAAUUUCUAAUCAAAAUCACUAAUUCAGUCAUUCAACUAUUUUAUAUUAAUUACCGAAAAACUUCUACUUACGCAAAAAUUCUCGUAAACUUUGUUCGCCACCCACACUAAUUAGUUACUUUAAGAAUUUUUUACAACACAAUUUUUUAGUUUUUGUGGCAUUGCCUAAACUAGGGAAAGAAAUAAAAAUGACAUCAACAUUUAGAAGUGAGGAGAUGUCAUUUUGCGACAUGUACUUGCAUGCAGACGACGCCUUUGAGUGUGUCAAUCGCCUGGGAGAGCUAGGGAUUUGUCAAUUUAAAGAUAUGAAUGUAAACAUGAAUGCCUUUCAAAGACAUUUUGUUAGUGAAAUCAGAAACCUGGAAGAGAUGGAGAGAAUAAUUAGGUAUUUUACAAACGAGCUGAAGAAAGACGAGAUGAAAUAUUUUGAUGAGAGUUUCCAGGAGGACCAAGCUGCCAUGUCGAGCUCUCUCAAUGAUAUGAUUGCAAAAUUAGAAAGUAGGGAGAAAGAGCUGAAAGAAUUGGGCUCCAACUUUGAGGAGCUUGAAAAAAAUCACAAUGAACUUAUUGAAUUGAGUAAUGUCCUCAAUAAAACUACUACAUUUUUUGAGGAUGGAGUCUAUGAUGUUGAUGUGAUCAACAAUCAAUCAACCAGACAACCAAUCUAUCAACCAAUCAAUCAAUCAACCAACCAACCAAUCAGGUACACUGCUGGCGUGAUGCCGGUCAAUCGCGUCUUUGGAUUCACUCGACUUUUAUAUUUUGCCACUAGGGGCGCUUCUUUCCUCAGAACGGCCGACAUAGACGGACAAAUUAGGGACCCAGCCACCGGUGAUAUUGUUAACAAAUGUGUCUUCAUGGUUGUGUGCUCGGGCCAACAGUUGCAUUCGAAGAUCAGGAAAAUCGCUGAGGGAUUCCAUGCAACCUUGUAUCCGUGCCCUGACAACCUGCCGGAGAGAGAAAGAAUGAUGGAUGGAGUGAGGCAAAGAUUGAUCGAUCUGGAGAUGAUCCUAGAUAGGUCGCGCGAACAACGAGAACAGACUCUCAGAAUUAUUGCUAGGAAUCUUAAGAGUUGGAAAGUUAAGGUAGUUCGCCUAAAAGCCUGCUACCACAUGCUAAACAUGUUCAGAUACGAGCGCGGUAGUUUUGUAGGCCAGUGCUGGCUGCCGACCAGCUACCUCGCUCGAGUUCAAAAUCUCCUCAACGUCAGCAACGAUCGGGCAAGCAACAUCAUCAACCCAAUCCCAAGUUCCAGCCUUCCUACCUACCACAAAUCGAAUUCCUUCACGAUGGCGUUCCAGGCCAUCAUAGAUGCAUACGGUAUCGCUACCUAUAAGGAAGUUAAUCCAGCCAUCUUCUCCAUCAUCACUUUCCCGUUCUUGUUCUCGGUGAUGUUCGGCGAUGCAGGUCACGGCCUGCUCAUGCUGCUCUUCGCCCUCUACCUCUGCCUCAAUCAGAGGAGUCUGGCUACUGCUGCUGAGAAAAAUGAGAUCUUUUCAAUAGUGUUCGGUGGCAGGUACAUGAUUCUCUUGAUGAGUCUAUUCAGCAUUUAUUCGGGCUUCAUGUACAAUGACGUCUUCUCGAGGUCUGUAGCUUUUGUACCAUCGUCUUGGAAAGUUGUUUAUGAUGAGCAAUAUUUAGAAAAGUAUUCAUCCUCUAUGUUGGACCCCUCCAAUAAAACGGUUUUUCAGAAUGCCUAUCCAUUUGGUAUCGAUCCAGUCUGGAAGUCAUCAUCAAACCAAAUAACUUUCACAAAUUCGUACAAGAAAAAGCUAUCUAUAGUCUUUGGUGUUGCUCAGAUGUUGCUAGGAAUUUUUUUGGGAUUGUGCAAUCACAUAUAUUUUAAAAAGUACCUCAACAUAAUUUGCGAUUUCAUACCCAUGUUGCUCUUCCUACUAUCGCUCUUUGGUUACCUGACGGCACUCAUUAUCGCCAAGUGGGCCAUUUUUUACGAGGGAUCCAGCUUCUACGAUUGCUCGCCUAACUUGCUGAUUGGCUUCAUCAACAUGUUCCUGAUGAGUUAUCCAGCUCCAGCUGAUGACAAGCAAUGUGAUACUAUUUGGUUUACCGGGCAGAAAGAACUACAAAUAACAUUGGUAGUGGUGGCCGUUGUCUGCGCUGUUUGGCUCCUGCUAGGCAAGCCUUUAAUCCUAUUGGCUGUCCACAAAUACAACACAACCAAUAGCGGCCACCAGAGACUGGUAGAAGAGUCGCCAUCUUCGCCAUCGUCACGAAUCGAUUUCGGCAGUGACGUCAGAAACCGGCGCUCCUCCUCAUUGGCCGACCGCGACUCCAUUGAUGUGCUUAAUAGUCACGGCUCCGGAAAUAGAGAUGUGCUGAAUAGUCAUAAUUCUGCUACGAGCGGGGAACUCGAUGGAAUUUCAAAGAGCCGUUCAGAUUCAGUUGUGGUUGUUGUCGGUGGUGAUGAUGUUCAUCAUGAAAAAUUUGAUUUUGGCGAUAUUAUGGUACAUCAAGCCAUUCACACCAUUGAGUUCUGCUUGGGUUGCAUAUCUCACACUGCUUCUUAUCUGAGGCUGUGGGCUUUGAGUUUGGCUCAUGCACAACUAUCAGAAGUUUUGUGGACUAUGGUGAUGAGAAUUGGUCUAAAGUUGGGUGCAAAAUGGGUCAAUAGCGUUGUGAUUUUUCUGACCUUUGCCCCGUUCGCCACCUUAACUGUCGUCAUCCUAAUACUUAUGGAAGGUCUUUCGGCGUUUUUGCAUACAUUACGUCUGCAUUGGGUUGAAUUUAACAGUAAAUUUUACGACGGGAAUGGCCUACCGUUCGAUCCAUUUUGCUUCGAGAAGAUCAUGAAGAACGUUGAGGGAUAACUUUGUGUAUAUGUAUGUGCAUGUUUGUCUGUGUGUGUGUGUACGUGUUUGUAUGUGUGUGUGUGUGUGUCUAUGUGUUAUUCAUGCGUUUUUUUGUUGCGAUUGUUAAUUCGUAUUGAGACUAAUAUUGAGUGGGAGUGUUUAUUUAUUAUCUCUUCUAGUUAUUUCUACAACUUGUUCAUGUUUUGUGUGUUUGUGUGUGUGUGUUUUUGUAUAUGUUUGUUUUUGUAUCUAUCAGCUACACUUUAAAAAAACGCUUAUAAUAAAUAGAUACAAUUAUGUUUUGAAGUAGCUAUCUUAGUUUUAAUAUAUAUUAUGUUAUAUAUAUAUAUAUAUACAUAUAUAUUUAUAUAUAUAUCUAUAUAUAUAUAGUCAUUUAUGAAGCGCCUACUCUUAUUUUGAUGGUUUAAUUUAUUUUAUUCCUUAGUUUGUGCAUUUAAGUUGAAUUUAACCAUUUAACCUUGAAUUUUUAAUAACCUUUUGUAUUGUGUGUGUGUUUGUGUGUGAGUGAUAUUCGGACAUGUAUGUAUUGUGAGAUUGAAAUUGAUAACGUCAUAAUUAGCUUAUUGUUUGUUUCGUUACAUUCUACCAUCUAAUUUCUAAUACGACAUGUAACAUCACAUUUCUUUCAAUUUGCACUUUAUUAA